GCGCAAACGCGCAGGUCACGUCAUCCACAACAACCCGGAAAAGGUUCCGUAAACACUUUUCUGUGUAAAGAUGAGGCGACUGGAUUCUAAUGAUGACGUCUCUCUGUUUGAUGCUGAGGAAGACACAGGACGGAAAAAGUCCAAAAUUAAGCACCCGGUGGCAUCGUUCUUCCACCUCUUCUUCCGUGUGAGUGCCAUCGUGGUGUACCUGCUGUGUGAACUGCUGAGCAGCAGUUUCAUCGCUCCCAUGGUCACCAUCAUCCUGCUGCUCUGCUGCGACUUCUGGACCGUCAAGAACAUCUCUGGACGUCUGAUGGUGGGCCUGCGAUGGUGGAAUCAGGUGGACGAUGACGGGAAAAGCCACUGGGUCUUUGAGUCCAGAAAGGGUACUGGUAAGCAGGCGUCAGACUCUGAGGCGCGCAUCUUCUGGCUGGGCCUCAUCACCUGCCCCAUCAUCUGGGUGAUCUUCGCAUUCAGCUCCCUCUUCUCCUUCAAGAUCAAGUGGCUGGCAGUGGUGAUUAUGGGCGUGGUGCUGCAGGGUGCCAACAUGUACGGCUAUGUGCGCUGCAAAGUGGGGACCAGGACCAACCUGAAGAACAUGGCCACUAGUUACUUUGGACGCCAGUUCCUCAAACAGGCGAUGUCAAACCAGGAUGAAACCUAAAGAGUGUGUGCCUCAUGGAAGAAUGUUCUUGUUGCUGCAGAUUUUAAAGACUGAGAGUGGAGAUAUUCUGAACUGUUCCACAGACAGCCAUUAACCUGAAUGUUUCUUCCUGCUUCGUUGCUUGGUUACCAUCUACAGAUCUGAAAGGUUACCGUAAAUUCCGUCCUAUAAGCCGCACCCACUCAAAUUAAGAGGAAUAUAUAUAUAUUUUUUUACAUACAUAGGCUGCACCUGUCCUCUGUAAACUCUGUCCACGCUGUAACAUACAGGGCUCUAAAUUAACACCCACUAACCAGCCAAGUGCUGGUGAAAAUUCAGUUUGGCUGGUAGAAAAUAAACCUUAGUACUAUCCACUUUGACCAAUAAGUGAGUGUAUGUUUGACUAGUACGAUUAAUAUCUACUAGCUAUUUUGGCUAACAUUGAAAAAAGUUAAUUUGGAGCUCUGAUACCAUUGGAAAUUUACAAAACAGUCGUUCUGGAACUAACUAUGUUCACUUCGUGCUUGUCACAUGUAAAAAUCUAUAAAUUAGCAGCGUCAUGGUAUAUAAGCAGCCAGGUUCAGAGCAUGAGAAAAAAAUAGCGGCUUAAUGGUCGGAAAUUACGGUAGAUAUGGGUUCAUCACAAAGCUGAAAUGCUAUGAAUGAUUGGGUUCAUUAGAGACUUGCUCAUUCCUACAGCUGAUUGCGAUGGACUUAGGAUGUGUAUGAUGAGCCAGGCAUCUCUAUGGUUACUGAAUUUCACCUCUUUUCAUAGAGACCAAAGGUCACUGCUGUUCAGAGAUGUAUAAAAUAGAAGUACGUAUACGUGUAACUACAACACAACUAGUUUAAUAUUUCGUAGUUAAAAAUUUUCUACUACUAGUGUUGUAAUUAAAUCCGUAACAGUACUUUUACUUUUACUUUAUACAUCUCUGCUUUUGUUUCUCUGUGUCUGUACAUAUUAUUGUUUGAGGAUGGGAUUGGUAUUCCAGGUAUUUGAUGAAGUGACUUAGCCAGAAGGCCUAGACCAGAGGAAAUGAGUUUGAAACCCCCCCAAUAGAAAUACCGGUAGACAUAUGUAAUUGUUUAAGAGAAUAAAUCAAUAGCUGAAACAAUUUUAAAUGAGCUCAACUGUCCUGGUAAGUCACUUCAGCAUAUUUUUUAACAUCUCCCUGUGCUUGGUUUUGUUUUUAUAUGCGUUCUGUUAAUGUUUAACCCCUUGCACACUAGAGUGUUUUUUCUGUACAGUAAAAGGCUGCAUUGUAGAUCAUACUGUACAAUGGUUUGGGUGUAUGACGUGGGGAAGUGUACUUGUAAAUACUUAUUUAUAAUACAUCAUGUAAAAUGCAUUUUGUGCUAAUACAGAAUUUCUGAAAAAAGAAAAGAAUAUGAUUUUCAAAUGUGUUUUCUCAUUUGCUUUUUGAGGUGCCUAGUGGUAAUCCAAGUUUCCGAGAUCAUAAUUACUCAGAUGUUCAGAAGCAGCCAGAAAUGUUCAGCAUCAGAUUCUUGCAAUGUCAACUGGGAAACGUGGCCCUUAAUGGCUGUUGUUCACUGGGAAACAUGGCCCCACCACAAAGGCUGCAGUUCACCUUUUCCACUCCUGUCAUUGGAUCCAUCCUCUGCUCAUACUGUACGUUGCAGUUUGGUUCAGAGCUGCCACCGAAGAGGAAAUAACAUG